AUGGGCCUUGUGUAUGCCUCUCCGCAGGAACGAGAGUCGCGUCUCAAAUCGUUCACCACGACUGCUGGUCCAUCCACCAAGGUCGAACCCGACAGAUCAACCCGCAUGUUCCAACUCGUACAGCGUCAAGCAUCCUUGCAACCAGGGCCAGGAGGAUCCCUCAUCUAUCACGGCCCGACCAGUAUUCAUCACAGCUGGCCGAGCCCCCCAUUAUCCAGGCCAUUCAGCGCAGGCUCCACAUCUACUCGAAAUAGCAAAACCAAUCCGCCAUGCCCAACAUCGUCCUACGAUUCGAUAACCAAGAUAGCAGGCUUCAACAUUGCGGAAGAGGAGGUAGCGAUCACCAAUGGGCUAUUGCUCUUUUUUAAAUGGCAAUACUCCCACUCGAUGUUCAUCUACCGCGAAGCAUUUCUGCGAGAUCACUUCGGGGAUCGACAGAACAGCAAGUAUUGGUCGCCUGACCUUCUUCUGGCAAUUUGCGCCCUGGGCUUGCAGAUGUCAUCCGAUCCUGGGGAACGAGAUCUAGGAAGUAGGUUUUAUACCACGGCCGAGAGCGUCUGCAUUGUUUCCGGCCUCACCCAACCAUCGAUACUCAUGGUCCAGACUAUUCUCUGCCUGGCCUUCUAUUGCCUCGGUCAAGGCGACUUCUCGAAGAGCUGGGGGCUACAGGUGCAUAUUUGCAUUGCUUUUCGCAUGGCUCAGGACCUAGGGUUCCAGAAAGACCCUGCCGACUGGAUUCUGCACGAUUUUACAAUUACUACGAGUGAGGAUAUUGAGAUUCGGCGACGAAUCUACUGGGGAUGCUACAACUCGGACAAGCUAAUCAGCCUGAUCCUUGGCCGGCCAGUUCAAUUACCAUGGCACGAUGCAUCCGUCGCACAAACUGAUGUGCUUCCUGACUUCCCUCAAAUGCACCACUGGCUGCCAGCCGGCUUUUCCAAUGACACUAAAAAUCCAGGACAACUCGCAUCCUUAGUCCUCUGCUUCAGAGAACAGAUCCGGCUAUCAAGAAACAUUGAAAGUGUAUUGACAGGGUUGACAAUGCAAGGAGCAGCACCCGACGAAAUCGAAUGGGAGGGAUGCGUCGCUGACUUGAGUGUGAAACUUUACAAAUGGCUGGAAUCGCUUCCACUUCCUGCGAGAUGGAACAGAUGGGAGCCUUGCUCGGCUUCACUUCUGCCGAGCAUCGCGGUCUUACACACCCUCAUAGCACUCAACUUCGAUCAAGCCGAGCAGGACAUCUCAUUAGAUACAACGCGGCCAAGUAAAGCAAAGGAUAUCUGCCUAUCGUCCGCACAUGCAAUAACGUGUCUCGUACGAAAAUACCGACAGCAGCACGGCUUACGCUACGCGCCGAUUGUCUUGGUUUAUGGCAUCUCGCAAGCUUCCAGGUCCCUUCGCACCUUCAGCGCUGGCCACGAUGAGACAGAAUACCUCUACUCUAUGUUGGAAGAAUGUCAGGAGACGUGGGGUCUGGCGCGAGAUGGAGUUGGACUCGUACGGUGCGGACAGGGCCCGGCACAGAGGGAAGAUUAA